AUGAAGACAUAUUCAAUCUCAGUACUAUUUAUUCUUGCAAUCUUCUUAGCUCUCUCAGAAGCCAGCUUCGAUGGUAACAUCAACUAUGGUAGUCCCUCGCCUCGGCAUACGCAGUUCGGCAUCGAUGUCGAUCAAGUCCAGCGACGUUCUUGGAAGCGUGGAAACGUCGCAUUCAACCCUGAGGAACUAAACUUCACUCAUGGCGUUGCAUCAGGCGAUCCAUGGCCGAAUAGCGUUAUACUGUGGACUCGAAUUGCCCCAUCCAACGUCUCUUCCGCUGACACCGCGCCGAUUGAUGGAACUGAGCCACUUUACAGUCACGAGACCAAGAAGUUCAUAAAGGCUGAUCCCAAUCCUAUCUGCCUGUACUGGAAAGUCUUUCCAGUUGGGAAGAAGGACUCAAAGUCAGUCGUUAGCAGUGGGAAGGCUUAUACUACCGCCGAUAUCGACUACACAGUCGAAGCCAAAGGACUGAAGCCAUUGACGACGUACAACUACCAGUUCACCGUCUGUAACUCGAAGAAUUCCAGCCCUCUCGGAAAAACCAAGACUGCACCUCGGCCUGACGAUGACGUUUCGGAGAUCAACCUGGCGGUCUUCUCAUGCAGCGCAUACUUUCCAGGGUAUUUCAAUGUCUACGGCAACGCUGCCCGAAAGGAUAAUCACGACUGGGUUGUUCAUCUCGGCGAUUACAUCUACGAAUACGGCACCUAUACACUGUUCAAAGAGCGCGGCUCAAUCCCGCAACACCCAACCUACUCGCUAUAUGACUACCGUGCACGCCACGGACAGCACCGGACUGAUCCUGACUUGCAACUGUUGGCCCAAAAUUCAGCUUGGAUUACAACUUGGGAUGACCAUGAACUCGCAGAUAAUGCUUACAGAGAUGGCUAUGUUGACUUCUUCGACCAGCCCAACACCUUCAAGGGAGAAGGUCCGAAGGUAGCCACGGAUGCUCGCAAAGCUAAUGCUGUUCGCGCGUACUUCGAGUGGAUGCCAAUUAGGCAGACAGAUAUGGACGAUGGUCUCCGUGUAUGGAGGUCCUUUCAGUUGGGUAAGCUGAUGGAUCUUGUGAUGCUGGACACAAGAUUGUAUGACCGAAGCAAAGGAGUAGACUAUGUCAACAAGAAGUACAUCGAGAAAAUCAGCGACGAUCCGAGUAGAACUCUGAUGGGAGGUCGACAGGAGAAUUGGUUCUACCGCUCGUUGUCCGAAUCCAAGGAUCGGAACGCAACGUGGCGAGUGAUCGGGAACCAGAUCGUAUUCUCCCACAUCAAAGGGGAUGCGGCUGGAGGGGGAGACACCUGGGAUGGCUAUAUCGCGAAUCGAAACAGAACACUCAACCAUUUAUAUAAGAACAAAAUUCACAACAACAUCUUCUUGUCGGGAGACAGUCAUAUGAACUGGGUAUCUGACUUGGCGUGGCUGGGCGCUAAGAAGUACGACCCCACGACAGGAAAGGGUGCCGUCGGGGCCGAGUUCGCAGGUACCGCCGUCAGCUCGUGGGGCACAUCAGGCCUCAAGUCCAUUGAGCCUGACGCAGGAAAGCUGUCUCGGAAAGCUAUCUCUGAGAACAAGGAGCUGUUCUGGCAGGAGGGUUAUUACCGUGGCUAUUUUCACUUGUCGGUCACUCCAAAGAAUGUCUCAGCUCAAUUCUUUGGCUCACCAUCCAUUGCAACACAUAAUGCUUGGGAGAUCCCAUUAGCUAAUUUUACAGUUCUUGCUGGGGACAAUCACAUCCAUCGGCCGAAGGAUGGCGUACAAGCUGAGUCUGGAGCCCUGAAGACUGGUGAAAUAAAGCACACGAACUUGACGUUCAAUACUGAGACUGGGGUCUGGAAAGUUAAACGCUUUGACAAGAUGUACCUCAACCCAGAGCCUAGUUUCCUCGGUUCAUCCUAA